AGUACGAAGUACAAGCGUUUUGAUUUCACAAGUCGAUGUUGAGAUCUUUACCACUUUCGGGUACGAAGGUUAUCGUCAUCAGCGAUACGUCGCGGCAUGAAUAACGACCUCUACCCAGUCAUUACUGUCUGGAUUCGGCGUUCUCCCCGGAAAACCAUAUCAAAAGCAUCGAUUCAGCAUUUCCUCGACACUGCGAGUGGACUCUCGUGUCCUCGCUUACGUACGUCGAGCUUGUUACGAUUCUCACGACCGCAACCCUUGUUUGUUUUGAGUGUUUUCGCCUCGGGAUAUGGAUCGGCAUUUGCAUAUCCCCAAUAUUACCCUCGCCGCUGGAACACGUGGCGUGUUGGGGACUGGCGUUUUGCUUUUCCUGUACGGGCCUUUUACGAUGCAUGACUUGUCCGCCCGUGGCUGUGUGGCGAAUGGUGCGGAGUUUGUUGGCAUGGAGGAUAUCGUCGUUUCUGUGGUCAAAGCUAGGUAGUCCUGGAGGGUGUGUACGGGGGAUUUGAGCGAGUAGUGUAGAUGUUUGACCGAUAUGACGAUAUGAUGAUCAUGUCC